GACGCUAACGCAACACGUAAAACAAAACAGGUGAGACCGCAGCGCGACAGACCGAGAGAGGACGUCGUUUACAAAAGUCGGCUCCCACAAGCUGAACGAAGUCUUCUCUGGGUUGUGGGAGGAAGACAGAAAAAGGAACAAGCGAAGACGGAAUCAGACGGCCCUAGUUAGCUAGCUAGCUCCCAGAGAAGAACAAUCAUUUUCCCGAGGUUGAAAAAACUCACCAGAACAGCGUUUCUAAGGCGCAGACGGUGAACACCGUACGUGGCAGAUACUGUUAUGGCCCAGGAGACCAAUCAGAGCCCAGUCCCUAUGCUCUGUGCCACUGGCUGUGGUUUCUAUGGCAACCCUAGGACUAAUGGUAUGUGCUCCGUUUGCCACAAGGAACACUUAUCGAGACAGAACAGCGGAGGAGUUGGUUCUUUAAACACCAUGAGCUCCAGCGGUAGCUCCACGGCGGAGGACUCUGCCAUCCAGAGGUUAGAGGCCACCCUAAACAACGCUGCAGCUGCUGCAGUUGCUGCUGCAGAGGAGGCCGCCGAUGCCGCUGCUGCGUCUGAUGCUGCAGAAGCCCUCAGUGGGAUUUCAUCUUCCUCCUCCGUAACUAAACAAAUGACAGAGAUGAGUCUGUCUGAAGAGAAUUUAGCAUCAGCAAGUAAAGCCGACGUCUCUGAUCCAGGUGUCGGCCAGCCCAUCGUCUUAGUUUCCCAACCCUCCACUGCUGGCAGUGAAGAGGUCCAAGCCCCAGAACCCCCCAAACCCAAGAAGAACCGCUGCUUUAUGUGUCGUAAGAAGAUUGGCCUCACAGGUUUCGGAUGCCGCUGUGGGAAUCUGUUCUGUGGGAUUCACCGUUACUCCGACAAGCACAACUGUCCGUACGACUACAAGGCCGACGCCGCUGCCAAAAUCCGUAAGGAGAACCCGAUGAUCGUCGCUGAGAAGAUCCAGAGAAUAUGAAGAAGACUUUGUUUGACUUUGAAUAUCAGGAGCAAUCAGACUUUAAAAGAAGUGGACCGGAGCCCGGCCUGCGCCCUGAAGCCUUUUUCCUUUCUUCCUUUUGUUGCACCGUCCAGAUCACUCACUCACUCACACACAUACUCUGACACACACACACACACACACACACGUACAUCAGUCAGCUCAGUGUUGUCGUUAUGGAAAAAGCAUCAUUAGAUGUGUUGAUGGUUUUUACCCUUUAAAAAACAUGGCUGCCCGGGCCUUUUUGUGGCCCCGCCCCCGAGGCUCUGCCAGGCAAAGGUUGGGCGAUCGGUCUGUGCGUGCUCUCUGCUGGCUUGAGUGGCAAAACUUUGGUUUUCUUCCUGUUUUUGGCCUGAAGAGGUCAAAGUUGAACCUUAUUAUAGUUUAAAUCUCUCUCUCCUCUCGCUCUCUCUCUCUUUCUCUCUCUCCUCUCGCUCUCUCUCUCUCAUAUACACACACACACACACACACACACCUUCCUGUUCUCUAGAGAUUUUCUCACCAGCUUUCCGUCUCAGCUCGUUUUUGUUACAUCCCUUCUUUAUUUUCUUCUGGAGGUUUUAGUCUAGAGUUUGAGCUGAUCUGACCUUUGACUUUAUUUUUGGUUUCCGUCCACUAAAGUCAUGUGAAGCUGAAGCCCCGCCCCCUCUUUAGCUUGUUUAUGUUUUUGGGACGUUGCCGUUAGCCUCUCUGAACACUAGCCAUUUGUUUCACUCGCAGCAGUUUUUCUUUUUCCAGAUUUGACGUUUGGGCUUCAUUAAAAGUUUUGUUUCUGGUGUGAGUGGAGGUCAGCGUGUCGGGUGAUGUCGUUUGUUUUGUUGCUGUGAGGGGUAGAAGUGAACAUCUCUGUGAGACGGUGAUUUAUGUUCUGCAGUGACUUCGAUGGGUGGUUGUAGGUUUUAAAUCAUCAUCCAUGUUUUUUUUAACCCCUUUUAGUUGAACCAGUUUGGAAACUUGUUAGUAUUUAUAUUCUGCAGUGUGUUUAAUCCUCUAAUAAAUUGUAUGAUGUAAAUAAAUUAUGUUCACAAAUACA